AUUGCAUUCCAAGACAGAAAUAAAAUCCCAAGAAAAUACUAUUACUACUGAAGUAGUAAAAAAUCGUGGUGUUGUUAGAAAAUUAAAGACGAUGUUUGGUGUAAACAAACCAGUUAAGGAAAUAAAGGUGUCUGUGACAAAAGAAAGAUUUUUGGAGGAAUCACUGAAGGCUGGAAAGAAGAAACUACAUCAGAAGAAAAUAGCUCCUGUUAUCAUUUGGGACUUUGGAGGACAAGAUGUAUUCUAUAGUACCCAUCAAACUUUUUUGACAUAUCGAGCAAUUUACUUGUUAGUUUUAGAUGGUUCAAGAAAACUUGACGAUCCGUGUCCGUUCGAACAGUAUCUGCCUGGCAAAAGUGGACGUAAAACAGCGGGAGACUACUUGAAAUUUUGGAUAAAUACCAUAGUCACAUACUGUAAAGGAAGCGGACCAGGGUUUCCUAAGAUCAUCAUUGCAUUAACGCACAAGGAUAAAUUGAAAGCUAAGGAAGUUGAACCAAGACGGCAACAAAUGUUCAAUGAUAUAGAGGAAAUGUUUUCGGGAAGUCCGCUGCUUUCACAUUUAGUAAUUCAAGACAAAAUGUUUGUUAAUGCUAAAGACAAACUUGACCAAGAAAUGUUUAAGAUUAAAAUGAUCAUUACUGAACAAGCCAUGAAGCAACCGACAUGGGCCAAAAACUUCCUAAAUGCUUCAUUCCCCUUGAACUAGAAUUUGAAUCGCUUGUACAUGUCAAUGUUCCUUUGAUAACCAUGGAGCAUAUGAAAACGAUAAACGCCAAUCAGCCUGUUCGUCCUCUGACGGAAGAUGAAUUGAAAGUAUUUCUAAAGUUUCAGCAUUCUGUCGGGCGAAUCUUAUACUUUGAUGAAGCAAAUUUGGAUCAACACAUCAUUCUUGCCCCGACACACCUGAUUGAUGCCUUUAAAUCAAUCGUUACUGAUAGGAGAUUCUGUGAAGGUGACAGCCUGAGAACGGUAUCUUGGGAUUUGAUGAGCAAGAAAGGCGUAAUCGAGAAGAAAUCUAUAGCAAAAAUCUGGAUGAAGAGUAAAUACAAGAAACUUAAAGAACAUGAUGAAUAUUUGCUAGGAGUCAUGACACAUCUUGAUAUACUGGUUGAACCAAAACGGUAUGAUACGUUGCACAAACGUAUACCAGCCGAAUUCUACUACGUUGCCAGCAUGGUUAGAACCAAAAAUACAACUGGUUAUUUUGAGUCGCCAACCUUCGCACAGAGAAACAUCGCUAUAGCGUUUAGUACAUCCUCGUUAAUGAUACCUCCAGUUUUAUCCUUUAGAUUUGUCAGUUAUUGCUUGAGUCUUUUAGCAGUGAAAAGGUACGGAAAGAAGAACGAUGAAAUGUUGUUUCAUCGGUCAGCAGUCUUUACAAUCGACCCAUCUCUAGAUAUGUGCGUUAACUUUGAUGAUAAGAUCAUUGUUGUUCGCCUUGUUCAUUC